GAGAGAGAGAACUGGGAGUGUUUAGGGGGUGGAGGGACUGCACAGCCCAAGUGACCAAACCAUUGUGAAGCAAAACGUUUGUGGAGUAAAGUAUAAGACAGGGUUUUCUGCAGGUUUCAAAAGUUGGGACAGUUUUCAUUGCAUCCAUUCUGAUGGGACAAGUACUCUGAGAACCCUGCAGAGCACAAGGGGGAUAAAGAGAAAAUGUGCUGACAGCAAUUGCCCAGCAGAAGCAGCUUCAAGCUGGUGAAGAUGGAGAACAGCACAGGGGAUGAACAGAACCAAACAGGACUGCUGCCAAGCCAAGAGGUGAUCAGUAUUGACUACCAAGUAGUUACCAUUCUCUUGGUCCUCCUCAUCUGUGGACUAGGCAUAGUGGGCAAUAUCAUGGUGGUGCUGGUGGUCCUCAGGACCAAACACAUGAGGACCCCCACUAACUGCUACCUGGUGAGUCUGGCUGUGGCUGAUCUCAUGGUGCUGGUGGCUGCAGGACUUCCCAACAUCACCGAGAGCCUGUAUGGAUCCUGGGUCUAUGGCUACGUGGGAUGUCUCUGCAUUACGUAUCUCCAAUACCUAGGCAUCAAUGCUUCUUCUUGUUCCAUCACCGCCUUCACUGUUGAGAGAUAUAUUGCCAUCUGCCACCCAAUCAAAGCCCAAUUCCUAUGUACUUUUUCAAGAGCCAAAAAGAUCAUUAUUUUUGUCUGGGCUUUCACCUCCAUAUACUGUACCCUCUGGUUUUUCCUGCUAGAUCUCAACACAGUUGUCUACAAAGAUACCAUCGUUGUUUCUUGCGGCUACAAGGUGUCUAGAAGCUACUACUCCCCUAUAUAUAUGAUGGACUUUGGUAUAUUUUAUGUUGUGCCAAUGAUACUGGCCACUGUCCUCUAUGGACUGAUUGCCAGAAUAUUGUUCCUGAAUCCCAUCCCUUCAGAUCCAAAAGAAAACCCUAAGACACAGAAAAACAACUCAACUCACCAAAACAAGACUAUGAAUUCCAAGAUGACUAACAGGGGUUUCAGUAGCACUAUUGCUUCUAGAAGGCAGGUUACCAAGAUGCUGGCUGUGGUUGUGAUCCUGUUUGCAUUUUUAUGGAUGCCCUAUAGGACACUGGUUGUUGUAAACUCCUUUCUCUCCAACCCUUUCCAAGAAAAUUGGUUCCUAUUAUUUUGUAGAAUCUGCAUUUAUCUAAAUAGUGCCAUCAACCCCGUGAUUUACAAUCUCAUGUCCCAGAAAUUCAGAGCAUCCUUCAAGAAACUCUGCAAUUGCCAGCAGAAAAAGUCAGAGAAACCUGCCAGUUACAGUGUGGCCCUAAACUACAGUGUCAUCAAGGAGUCUGAUCACUUCAGCACUGAACUAGAAGACAUUACUGUCACCAAUACCUAUCUGUCCUCUACAAAAGUGUCCUUUGAUGAUACCUGUUUAUCCUCUGAGGUGAUGUGAGAAUGAAGAAAGAUGUUUCUCUUUCCAUGCUGCUUCAUCUCUCUUAAUUUCAGGCCUAAGGCUUAUGCCAUUCUGGAUCACUGUGGUCUUUAUUAAUAUUUUGAUGCAAUAUUUACGACACCCUGUGUUAAACCAAGAGUUGUUUCUGUUCACAGAAUCCAGGAGCUACUGUACAUCUCUACAUGCCUGUCUUCAUCAGAAUACCUAAGUGUGUGUGUAACUUUACCAUGAGAGUUGACUUCAGUGGGAUGACACAUUUGCUUAGUGUUACAUGUAUGCUGAAUUGUGGCCUAUGUUCUCACGCUCUCUUUUAAAAGUCCAGGCACACUUUAGCACUGAUCCUGCAGUCUUUACUCAGGCAAAACUCCCAUCUGACAUCAUGAAUCAUCGAUUCAGAGUUCAGUGGAGGUUUUCCCUAAGCAGAGACUUCAGGAUCAGGCUCUGUUUAUGCUGAUCUAUCAAAUACAGCAAGAAGUUUGCAAAUGUAUUUUCUCUGCCAGUGAAAUCAAACUAAACCUAAAGUCCAUCUGACAAAAGUAGGCUGAUCUGACUGUGACAAUUCUAAAAGUACAAUGCCUCCAUGCUCAAACCUGCAAGGCAGUGAAUGCCUCCUGAAAGGUGCUGAACUGAGAGCACUCAUCACUUUUCCUGGAGUGCUCAGUCAGAAUCUCGCAGGCUAUUUGACUAACAUUGAAAAGAAAUGUAACUAUUUUUUUGAAGGAACAAUCUUGGGUCAAAGGUUAGAGAACAGCCAGAACCAUUACUGGUUACAGUUAUUAUCUAGCAUAGACUCCCAAAUUUCAGACUAGAGUGAAUCUAAUUGUAAGAUCAUGACACACUUUAAUGAAUAGAUUUCUGAUGGUAAAGAGCAUAAAAUCCAUUUUCUUACUUUUCAUAGCAUGAAAUAGGAAGAACGUUCAAUAAAUUCACAGCUGGGAAUAAACAAGAAAACAAAAUCUGUAUAAAGCCUUUCAAAGUCUUACAUUUUAACUAGUUGGUAUACAGACACACUACUUGACAUGCAAGUGUCUACUCAUACUCAAUCCUGUGUAUACUUGUUAUGUGCUGAAAAGUACUGGAGCAGACUUAGACGUUCUGCUAGUUAAUUUUAUCUUGGCUCAACAGCAAGCCCCUCUCAGAUAGCUACAAGUGGAUUGAAGUUUCAGUAUUGAUAAUGCC